UGUAACAUCAGAUAUCUUUUGUCUUUGUAUACUUAUUUAAAACGCUUGAAAGAUGUUGAGUGUUAUUAUAUAAUACUGAGAUAGAUUCUAAAAAAUGAAGCUGGCAGUUUUAUACAUCAAUUAUAAUUUCGUAGUUAAAUUACGAAAUUAUAGUGAACUAUUUAAAAAUAUUUAUUAAGUAAAAUACAAUAUCAUUACAGUAAAAAUCAACACAGCUUAAAGAAGAUUAUUCAUAGUCCAACUUUUGUAUUAUUGUAUUUCUACCUCAUGAGAAAUAAAAUUAUGAAACUCACAGGAUGUAUUGUUCAAGUAAAAAUUUGUAGCGUACACAAAUGAAAAGUUAAAAAGAAAUGAUACAAAUAUUGAAAGACAUAAUAUGGGUGGUUCUUCUACCAAAUUUAAAAAACAUCUACAGCGAGGAGAUGAGUAUGCUGCUAUGCGGAUGUAUUCAAACUCUCCAGAGCUGAAAACUUUAGACCCUAAUUUAAGUUAUGGUGAAAACCAUAACAACAAUACUCUAUUACACUAUGCAGCUAAACAUGGAAUGAAACAUUUAUUAAGAGCAUUUUUAAAUGAACAUAAUGGAAAUCCAAACAAAAUAAAUAAUAUUAAUGAAACAGCACUUCACGCAGUUUGUUCUCUGUCUCCUCAAAGUUCAUAUUCCGCUCAUGAUCGUCGAGCUGCUUGUGUUACUCUGUUAUUGAAUUGGCAAGGAAACAAACUGUCUGAUGGACGUAGGGAGAAAAUAAAAUUGUGUGCUCAAGAUAUUGACGGAAAUACUGCUCUUCAUCUUGCUGCUGCCUCAGGCUUACAGUACUGUGUUGACUUAAUACUUGCAAAUGGUGGGGCUCCAAUUUUUAAAACAAAUAACCUCAAAUUAACUGCUUGUGAUUUAGCAGUGAAAAAUGGCCAUGAAACUUUAGCUCGAAAAUUAGAAUCUCGAAUGGUUUUUGGUGAAGACUUAAAAGAUAUUUUAUCUGCAGUUGAUGAAUACGAUUUUGGAGAAGAGGAAACAUAUGUUGGGUUACGCACUCAAGACUUGCAAGAAGCUAAAGACCAAUUACUUGUUGAAACAGCUGAUAUGUUAAACUUACCAUUAUUUACUGCAGAAGCUCUUCUUAGAAAUAAUGAGUGGUCUAGAGAAAUAUUACUUGAAAGAUGGGUAAGGGAUCCUGAUAAAUGUUGUCAAAUUGCUGGUGUUCAAGUUCCUAUUUCUGUGCAAUCAUCUAAAACAAUCUACUUAAAUGAAAUGCAACAAACUCAUUUAAAUGUAGAAGAUGCUCAACUUAACAAUACUUAUCUAACUAUAUGUGAUAUUUGUUUGAAUGAACUGCCAAAUUCUGACUGUCCAAUAAAGCUUUAUUGUGAACAUAUGUUUUGUAAUUCAUGUUGGAAACAAUACUUAACUUAUAAAAUUAAAAGGAAAGAUUCAAGUAAUAUAUUUUGCCCAGCUUUACACUGCCAUAUCCUUGUUCCAACUGAGUUAAUCGAAAAAGUUGUAAGUCCUGAAAUGGCUCGGAGAUAUUUUGACCUCAAUAUUGAAGCAUUUGUUGAAAAUAAUCGAUCCAUUAAAUGGUGUCCUGUUCCAAAAUGCGGUCUUGCAGUACGACUCCCAAUAAAUGCAAAAAAGUCAAAAAAUAGUUCAAAAAUAGCACGCUCAGUUGAUUGUGGUCGUGGGCAUUAUUUUUGCUGGGAAUGCAUGGGAGAUGCACACACACCUUGUAGUUGUGAUCAAUGGUCUCAGUGGAUGACAAAAAUAUCAGAAAUAAAACCAGAAAAAAUUCGAGAAACCACCGCUGAAUAUGAAGAAGCUGCUAAUAGUUUAUGGCUUGUAACUAAUUCUAAACCAUGUCCAAAUUGCAACUCUCCAAUUCAAAAAAAUGAAGGCUGUAAUCAUAUGAAGUGUACCAAAUGUAAAUUUGAAUUUUGUUGGGUAUGUCAAGAUAGCUGGAAAAAACAUGGAUCAGCUACAGGUGGUUUCUUCCGAUGCAAUCGUGCCACUGCUGCAUGUAAAGCUGAUGAACGAAGAGGACUUUUAUUAAAAGAGGCACAACAAAAAAAUAAACAAAGUUUAGAACUUAGUAAAUUUCUUCACUUUUACACUAAGUUCAAGAAGCAUGAAGUUACUAGACAUAUGGAAGAAUUAUUUGUCGAAAUUGUUAAAAAACGUAGAGCAGCUCUUGCUAUAGCAUUAAAUAUUCCUGAAGAUGAUGAGCGAACUAAAUUUGUUGAAGAUGCAGUAGUUGAAGUUCAAAAAGCAAAACGUGUUUUAUGUGCUUCAUAUGUUUAUGGUUUUUACAUGCAAAAUAGUGCUUAUAAUAAAAAUAUAUUAGAAUUUAUGCAGAAUGAGGUCGAAGAUGUAACUGAAAAAUUAGCUGGAAUGGUAUUACGUCAGUACUUAUGUAAUCCAAGAAGUGCAAUUAUUAAUACUACAUGUAUUUUAAGGCGUAAACGCCAUGAAUUUAUUAAUGCCAUAUCAGAUGGAUCUAUAUCGUUGGAAAUUAUGCAGACUUUACCACAAAAUUCUAACAAAACUAAAUCAAAUUCAAUUUCUCAGAAACAUAUGAAUGCUACUGCUAAGGAUUUAUUGAAAAAAGCAAUUGGGGAUUCUAUUCAAAUUGAUCCUGAUAACCCAUGGAUUAUUGAUUCAAAAGGACGUCACAGAAAUCUUACUGCCAUAUUAGAUUGGCCAGAAAGUUGUUCUGAUGAAGAAGAGGAAACGGAAUUAGAUAGAGCUUUGGCUGUAAGUGUUUUUGGUCAAUGUAAAAUGGAAAAUUGUAAUAAGGCAAGAGUGAGAAAUCCUCGAACUUCUAAAUUUCAUGAGUAUUGUAGUUUGAGAUGUAAAAAUAGUCACAAAACAUUGCUAGAAGAAGCAAAAAAAGAAAAACGCACUAGUAUUGUUGGCACUUUUGCAAUGGAUUUAAUUGUUGCCUUAGAAAUGUCAAGAUUACAAAUGAUAAAAGAUGCUGCACAGCAAAAUAAAAAAAUAUAUAAUGAAUAUGAAGCUGGAUGUAGUAAGGAGUAUACAGAUCUUUUAGAUGAUUCUACUGAUGAUGAUUGUCAACUACAAAUGGCACUACAGAUGUCUUUAGAUGAAAUUUCUUUUGCUAAAUCAAGGGAUAUUACUAAAUCUGAAAGUGAAUCUAAAACAAUGUCCUCAAAAACAUUUCAAGAAAAUGAUCCAAAGAAUAUUCCUAUUCUUUUUUCAAAGUGUAGUAGCAUUAAACUUGAUGAUGGAGUUUUUAAAGUUGGUGAUUUACAUAAAAAUAGUUAUUAUUUGGAUUUUAGUGAAGAUAUUUACAAUCACUUAGAAGGCAAAAGCUUAAGACGUUCAUUAUCAUUUGGAGAUUUACUUUCUCGAAGAGAUUUAUACAAAAACAAUCGGAGAUAUUGUGUAAAUGUGUAUCAUAUGAGCAGUGAUAAUAAAAAUGAGUCAAUUGGUACCAACAAUUUUAAAAUGAAGUAUGAUUUUCAAAUGUUACCUAAAAGAACUGCAUCUAUACUUAUGGAGAUUGAUAGUAAUGGAGAAUGUCAUGCUGUAAAAUCUUUAGAUGACAGCAAUAUUGCUACACCUAUAAGUUCUGAUAAAAAAUUGUGCAAUAUUUUAGCCCAAUUUUAUUGGCAAAAUUCAUCUAAACAAUACAAACAAUUGAAAAAGGUUGGAAAAACUACAGCAAUAGAUAAAUCGGAUGAAACAUUGGAAAAAGAAUUCAAAGAUAUGGAAAAUCAAUUUAAACAUAAGCUUAAUAUAAAAAUAGAAAAAUUGAGUAGUCAUUCUGAAGAUAGUGCUGAUAAUGAUAUAUCAGCUGACAUAGAAUCUGACACAGGAAUUCCUAAAUCACCUACUCUAUUUAUAUCUGGUGUAUCUAUUAAUCGUACUCCUGAAACAAAAUCACCUAUUUCAGGUCGAAAAUUAAGAUCUGCUAGUUUAUGUGUUCCAAAAUAUUUACUGAAACCUUUGUAUAAAGGAUCUUCAGCUGACAAUUUGACAUCUUGUAGAGAAUGUAAUAUUAUCCAUACAAAUAAAGCACACUCCUAUCAAACUUUAUUUAAUGAAGAUAGAUUGAGUGCUUCAGCAAAUAUGAUUGAUAAAAGAAAAUGUGUAUUUACAUUUCCCAAGUCCAUGACAGAUGGAGAACUUUUUUCUACAUUGCAUAUUGAUAGAAAUAAACUGAGUUCUUAUGAUUUCCAUGAGGCUUUAUUUCUUAGACAUAAACGUGGCCAAUAUUAAGUGCCAUUUAAUAAUUUAAUGCCAUUUAGUAUUAUAUAUUUAAUUAAAUUUUACUGUUAACUUUUUUUAUGUUCAUUUUAAUUAAAUAGCUCAAAUUUCUAAUUUUAUUUUUAAAAUGCCAAUCCAAUGAUAUAUAAGCCAUAAAAUUCUACUGCCGAUUUUUUAAGACUUGAUUUUUCUAGUCCAAUUAAUAAAUAUUCUGAAUUUUAGUUAUAAGAUUAAAAAAAAAAUUAGACAUGUAAUUUACAUAGACGUUUUCAAUAUUUUUUAAGUUCCUAAAAGGGUUGCAAAUUAUAUUUAUAAUAAAAUUUGUUUGCCUUUUUUCUGGUUUUAUUUUAUGUAUAAUCAAUAAUAUUCUUAUUAUAUUUUAAAGAAAAAUAUUAAGAAAAUUUUUGUUUUUUAGUAGUUAAAAGUGUUUUUAGCUUUUUUUACUUUUUGUAACCCUAUUUCCUAAAUAGUUAUAACAAUUGUAACAAAUAGUCUGAAUUAAAAAAAUAACCUUUUAGCUUUAGUGUGAAAAAACAAGGCCACAAAACAGUUAAUAAAAUAUGUAAUGAUA